AUGAAGCUGCUGGCUGUUCUCUGUGCUGUCUCUUUUGCCGCCCUGGUGGCAGCUAACCGCGCCCAAGAGACCAGCCAAGUUGAGGACCCAAAGCUGAACUGUGUGAAAGACGCUCGAGGCCGGUAUCAGUGUUGUCCUGAGGGCAAAUCUUGGGUUGAGGAAUUGGGUUGCCUUUGUAUUUGCGUGUUUCUCCUCCUCGGCACCUGCGACUCCAAAUGGUCCGAACUCACCUUCCUCCAUGCCCAACUCCAAAAGCACCAAAACCCACCCAUCACCACUCUUCUCAUGGACGUCGGCCGCACCCCGACGGAACAUCCUCUUAUUGAUAUCCCCCACCCGGACUCUACCAAGAACACUACAACCACCACCAACAAUAAAGAUAACGAAGAUGACAUUGAUAAAGAGGGGAAGAUAUCAACUCUCCCCCGCGCAACUUACCUCCAAAAAAUGACCACCCACGCCAUCGCUCAAACCACCCGUCUCCUCUCCACCAGCACUAUCCACGCCGUCCUCUCCAUAGGCGGCUCCUGCGGCACCAGCCUCGCAACAGCCGUCAUGCAGCGCGCCUGCCCCAUCGGGUUCCCCAAACUGAUGGUGUCGACCAUGGCGAGCGGGGAUGUGCGGCCCUACGUGGGCGAGUCGGAUAUCACGCUCAUGUAUAGUGUUGUUGAUAUUGCGGGCGCGAAUACCAUUCUGAAGAGGGUUUUGAGGAAUGCUGCUGCUGCGGGCGCGGGGAUGGCGGUUGCCUAUUGGAGGUCUUUAUUAUCUCCUGAUGAUGAGCUUGGUGAGGUAGGUUCUACGGGGGUUACGGCUGUUAUAGCGACUGGGGAGAAGGGAGGCGAAGGGGAACGACGAGGAGAAGACAAGCCCAAACGCAUCGGCGUCUCCAUGUUCGGCGUGACGACGCCCUGCGUGGACGCCGCGCGGGCGCACCUGGAAGCUGAAUACGGCUUCGAAGUGUACGUGUUCCACGCGACGGGCGCAGGAGGACGCGCGAUGGAGCGGCUUGUGCGCGAGGGGCUACUGGACGGGAUGCUGGACCUGACGACGACGGAGGUGGUGGACGAGGUGGUGGGCGGGGUGUUGAGCGCGGGGCCGGACCGGUUGCUGGAGGCGGCGCGGGCGGGCAUCCCGCAGGUGGUGAGUGUGGGGGCGUGCGACAUGGUGAAUUUUGGGGCGGUGGAGACUGUGCCGAGGGAGUUUAUGCAAAAGAAGAAGAGGGUGUUGCUGGAGCAUAAUGCGGCUGUGACGCUGAUGAGGACGACUGCGGAGGAGAGUGUGCGGGUGGGGGAGUUUAUUGGGAGGAGGUUGAAGGGGGAGGUGCUUAGACCCGAGGUGGUGAAUGUUUUGUUUCCUGUUCGUGGGGUGAGUAUGCUUGAUGUGCCUGGGCAGCCGUUUUAUGAUCCAGCCGUGGAUAGGGUGCUGUUCGAGACGGUGGAGAGGGAGUUGGAGGGGAGUGGGAUCCGAGUGGUGAGGGAUGAGCGCCCGAUUAAUGAUCCUGGUUUUGCGGUGCGGGCGGCGGAGAUGUUGGCUGGCUUGAUGGGGGUGUCUAAGUGA